GGCAAUCAUGAGCACGUUUGGCCGCUUCUUCCGCGUCACGACGUUUGGCGAGUCGCACUGCAAGGGUGUCGGUGCUAUCAUCGAUGGCGUUCCACCUGGCCUUGAGCUGACGGAACAGGACAUCCAACCGCAGCUCACGCGGCGCCGACCAGGACAAAGUUCCCUCACAACCCCGCGCGACGAAAAGGACCUUGUCACCAUUCAAAGCGGAACCGAACAUGGCAUCACGUUGGGUACACCUGUCUCAGUUUUCGUCCCGAACGAGAACGUGCGGCCUCAGGACUACAAAGAAAUGAGCAACGUGCCGCGACCUGGCCACGCGGAUUACACGUACCAAGUCAAGUAUGGCGUGCGUGCGUCAAGUGGUGGCGGUCGCGCGAGCGCCAGAGAGACUAUUGGUCGUGUGGCCGCUGGUGCGAUCGCAGACAAGUGGCUGCGACUCAAGUAUAACACCCAGAUCGUGUCAUGGGUCAGCUCCAUUGGCCACGUGGACAUGCCUCUGCAUGAUCUAAACAACCCAAACGCUGCGUUGUACUCCCGAGAAGAAGUGGAUUCAAUCGGCAGCCUGCGGGUGCUGCUGCGACCCGGCACGACCGAAGCCGACUUCAUCGCAUCGUCCGCGGAUCUCUCGUCCCCAGCUUACGCCGACUUGAAUGGCGAGUUAUACAACCGAGUGGGCGACAAAGUGCCGACCCCGGACGGAUUUGACCUGUCGCAGUGGGGUGCUGCCGGCGACCUCGUGCCGGUUCGCUGUCCUCACAUUCCGUCUGCAUGCGGGAUGGCAACAACGAUUCGCGAGUGCAAGGCAUCGCAUGACUCCAUUGGCGGCGUCGUGACUUGUGUGAUCCGCAACGCUCCUGUCGGUCUGGGCGAGCCCUGCUUUGACAAGAUGCAAGCGAUGCUGGCCCACGCUAUGCUGUCUCUGCCGGCCGUCAAGGGGUUUGAAUACGGCUCUGGAUUUGCCGGGACUCGUAUGCGUGGGUCGCAGCACAACGACCCGUUCUGUGCUGGCUCGUCGGGAUCCCUCGGCGUGUCCAAGAACGAUGCAGGCGGCGUCCUCGGCGGGAUCUCGUCUGGCGCGGACAUCUACUUUCGCAUUGCAGUCAAACCCGUCUCGACCAUCGGACAAGCUCAAUCGACCGUCGACUACGAUGGCCAAGACACAGUGUUGGAAGCCAAAGGGCGCCACGACCCGUGCGUGUUGCCUCGGGUACCGCCUCUCGCGGAAGCCAUGUCGGCGCUCGUGCUGGCGGAUCUCGCAAUGGCCCAGUUGGCACGACAGGGCAGCUCGACCGUCGCCUAGGCAACGCACGCUUGGAUAUAUAUUUCGCCCACCAGCCAGGUCAACCAUGUCGGUCAUGCAUCAACUAGUAGGACGCCUCUGUAAACGCGGAACCCGACCCAGCCUUUCAAAGCGUUCACGUUGUGUGUUUUGAGCCGGAGGCGUGCAACACGUGUGGUCAUUGUGAGCCGGCGCAUGUCUCCUGGGAUCCUCACGCCGCAUCCACGGGCUUGAGCAACAUCGCCAUGAAUUCCACUUUGAACGCUUCCAUGUCAUCGCGCAUGGACUUGUUCCAGGCGGCACUCGACUCGCGCAACGCGUCCAUCGCUUCGUGUGCGUCGUGGCGCUGGGCAGCCAUCGACGACGUCAACUCGGCCAUCGCAGACUCCAGCGCGACUUCCUUGGUCUGGAGGUCGUGGAACGUACGGGCUAUGGACAUGUCCAACUGCUCGAGCUCGACAAGGAGUCCACCACGUUGCUGCAGCGCCAGCGCACUCAGCACUGCUCCUGUCACUGUGUAUAAUGCAAACAGGACACUCGCAAAUGUCAACCAUGUCACCAGCGUACCAACCACCGACUUGACGAUUGAAGGCUGGUUCGGCGCACUUCGAGUUGAGGCAGCUUUGGCAGAGAUGCUCCGCAACGGGUGCUGCAACGAGUCGUCCAAUUGGGCAUGAGGGGUCAGUUUAGCGCUCGAAUCCAAACGCGCGAGAGCAACCUCACGUUGUUCUCGAU